AUGUCUGCGAGCGCGGUGGCGGCUGGCGAGUCUGACAGCCUGAGGCCUGGUGUCAAGCGCUGCACCAUUCUUCUGUGGCUGAUGCGCUGCUGCUGCUGGCCGCGCCACGAGUACAAGUCGCGCGGCAGAAAGGUGCUGGACGAGAUCGAGAUGGAGUUCGUCGACGACCCGGAGGACGACGACUUUGGCCUUUCGAGCUUUGCUGAACCAGGCCGGCCGGCGAGCUGGGAGAGACCUGUGGCUAGCGGCGUGCCGGGCGACGUUCCGCAGGAUGCUGCGAGUGGAGCGACAAGGAGAACAUCCGACCGCGCCAUCCUGCUGUCCGAGAGUGGGGCGCGUACGGAGAGUGAGGGCACACUGUGA